AUGGUCGCGACAUUGAGAACGUUGACUCUCUUAGUCAUUGUCUGUUUAGCUUUCAUUCAAGCUUCUUACGCCAGUGUUUUCUCUCAAUUGCAAUUCAUCAAGAUUUCCUCUCCAAAAAAUGGUCAAAAUAUCAAAGCUGGCGAAACCGUACAAAUCAAAUAUGUCAUGCAACCUCUUAUAUUAAAUCAUGUCUCUGCUGGCAAAGCUUUAAAAUUAGCUAUCAAUUUCCAUAAACGACAGGGAAAUAGCAAAAAAGAAAAGAUCACCACUGUGUCAAGCAAUUGUCCUGUUGCUGCUAGAGAAGAUAAAUAUGUUACAUACACCAAGAAAUGGAAAGUUCCCAGCAAUACCAAGCCCGGAUCUUACGCUUUUGAUUUCAGAGAGCUUGUUCAACUUCGUCGCGGUCAAAUAACAGCCGUUGAAACUGUUAAAUCAGGAGAAACAUUAUCCUCAACAAAUUAUUUUGUUCGUGCUGGAGGAAAAGGUGCAAACCAAUCCAUAGCACUAGCAAAGGCCGGAGGAAAUGUGUAUCAUGCUGGUCAAUUUGGUCAUGAUGCUGCCUGGCGUAAUGGUAGAGCGUUCAUUCAAGUGAGCAAAGAAACAGGAGAUAAUUGUAUCGUUCUCUACCCAGGAACAAAUGCCUGCAAUACAGCUGAAGAGGCUGAAAAGGUGUUACAAUCAUUCGGACCCGACGAUUGGAUUAUCCAACAAAAUGAAAUCAGUGAGGGGGGUGCAAUUAUGAAACUUGCUGCGGAAAAAGGCUUGAAAGUCUUAUUCAACCCCGCGCCCUUAACGAAAGGCAUCUUGAAAGAUUUUCCUUUUGACAAAGUGACUAUACUUGUCGUCAACGAACAUGAAGCUGCGUCUCUGUAUGCAGAGAUUGGUGGCAAGAAGGAAGUCAGUGGACUAGAUUUAGCCAACGAGUUAUUAGAACACUUUGCUGCUAUGGAAGGUGUAGUGAUCACUCUAGGCGGUGAAGGCGUAGUGGCAAGAUUCAAAAAGGACGAUGAUGUAAGGAGUUUUCAAAUUGCUGCUAGAAAAGUAACAGUCAAAGACACGACUGGUGCUGGGGACACUUUUGUGGUAAGCAGAAAAUACAUUUAUGUGACAGAUGCGAAAGUCAUAGCACGUAUAUUUGUCUGA